AUGUCGAACAAGAAGAACGAGGAUUUCGAUGUGGGCAGAAGGGAUGAGAAGUUCAGACCCGCAUCCCAGUACCGGCCUCGCGGCGAUAACAGCGGCAUGGGAGGGGUGUUGGCCCAGCUUGAGAACAACCCUGGUGCUGCUGUUCUCGCCUACUGCUUCUCCUCGAUUAGUAUGACGGUCGUGAACAAGUAUGUCGUUUCGGGCUCAUCCUGGAACUUGAACUUCCUUUAUCUAGCUAUUCAGUCCGUUCUUUGUACCGCUGCAAUUCUGGUUCUAAAACAAUCGGGUUUUAUCCCUAACCUUGUUGCAUUAGAAAGCACCAAGGUCAAGAAAUGGCUCCCUGUAUCUGUGUUCUUCGUGAGCAUGAUCUAUACCAGCACCAAGUCUCUUCAAUUUCUAUCUGUUCCGGUGUAUACCAUCUUCAAGAAUUUGACUAUCAUUGUCAUUGCAUAUGGCGAGGUCUUGUGGUUCGGUGGCACCGUCACCCCAAUGAUCAUGCUGUCCUUCGGUUGCAUGGUGCUCAGCUCCGUUGUGGCCGCGUGGGCUGAUAUCCAGGCUGCCGUCAAUGGUAUUGGGCACUCAGGAGAGGCAGCAGCAGCUAUCUCUACCUUGAAUGCUGGGUAUGCUUGGAUGGGUCUCAAUGUCAUCUGCACGGCUUUAUACGUCUUGGGCACGCGGAAGUUCAUCACUUCGCUGAACUUCAAAGACUGGGACACUAUGCUUUAUAAUAACUUGAUAUCCCUUCCCAUCAUGGUUAUCUGUUCUUUGGUCGCCGAGGAUUGGUCUUCAGCUAACCUGGCCAAGAAUUUCCCCGCUGAGUCGCGCAACAAUAUUCUCAUUGGCAUGUUCUACUCCGGCCUAGGAGCCAUCUUUAUCUCCUACUCAUCCGCCUGGUGUAUUCGCAAGACUUCGUCAACAACAUAUUCGUUCGUUGGAUAUCUAAACAAACUUCCACUCGCCAUCAGCGGAAUCGUAUUUUUUGGCGCUCCUGUCACAUUUGGCGGCGUCUCUGCUAUCCUCUUGGGUUUCUUUAGCGGCCUCAUCUACGGCUACGGCAAGAUGAAGCAGAAGGAGCAGAUGAGCCAGGUCCUCCCCACCACCAGACCGACCAUGAGUGCCAGCUCUCAAAGUCAGAAGGAUGCAUCCAACUAA